AUGCCCCGCCAGAUAGAGCGGGAGCGCUAUGCCUCGGAAAGAAGAAACGCCAGCUUUCAAGCUCCCCAUUUUAACAGUGCGUCUUCAUCUGCGGCAGCAUACCAGCAGCGCAGUGAGCAAAUGAUCCAACCGGCUGUCAUACCGAGCACUACCAACAAUCAAGGCUAUAGCUAUUUAUCGCCGAAUUGGCUUCAGGAGGUGCGAGGGAGGGCACAUACGUCCAACCACUCGGCACCUCGGGCUCCUCCACAUAGAGCAUAUCAACCAGCACCACCAGCACCAAACCCAGCGAUGUCCCGGCUAGACCGAGAAGAAGCGUACCUUGUUGAUAGAAUUUCGGCGAUCCAAGAAGAAAUUGAUCGCAUUGAAGGGAGUAAGAAACCGCAGCAUUCUCAAACUCAACGUCCCUACUUUACUCCUUCACCAAUACAAUCGAGCCCAGUUGACGAGGCCGUAGCAAGAAAGUUGCGGGAAAUCGACCGCAAGCUGGAAGAAGUUAAUCAAAUGGAGCGCAACUUAAUUGCGAGAGAGCAGGAUAAUCGGUUGCGUGCCGCACACUUUGGUUCAAUGGAAAUGGACGAAAGCUUUGUUCGAAACAGUCGAUCUGGAAUUUCUUCACGUAUAGACUUUCGAGGGCCGAUGCCGCGCGAACGAAUGGCUCAAUCAGAUGGACGAAGAGACCAUGGUCGUGUUAUGGACCAAAUGGAGUUCCAUGUAUCACGUUCUCGGCCUAUACCUCGUUUGAUGGAGUUGUUCGUCGAAGCACCGAACGCUGAAAAGUCGGCGCGGAAUGCUCAUCGCCGGCGGAGCAACAGGCCCAUCGACUCACCGCCGCAGAAGAGAUCAAGGCCCACGCUUGGACAUUCAAAAAGGAAGACUCCAACUGUAUCCAAAAUUGUUAGGCCAAAAAGAGCUCCAGUUCCUACCAGCGAUCAUCUAUCGGGUUCGGAUGCGGAGAUUGAUUUUUCAAUCUUGGACGAUGAGCUCUUGGAAAUUAGUGAUAGCGAAGAAACUGGUCGGGAAGAAAGGAUACCUCCUAGUGUUAAAUUGGCUCAAAAACAAGUGGAAAAAUGGAAAGAAGAAGAGGCGGAUGAUCCCAAGGAAGUCCUCCGAACUUUAGGAGAAGGACUGACUUACGAGCCAAUAUCAUCAGACAGCGAGGAAGAAUUA